CGUCAUCGAUGACUUUGAGGUGCUCUGAACCUCUCCUCAUUUCGGCAGAUGUCAAUCGGAUGUCCUUUGCAAGGAUUUCCGACAUCCUGUAUAAUAUCUUUCCGAUCGCGAAGACAACGGACAGCAACUUUCCUAAUACGGUCAACUCCAACCUCUUCAUGUCAUUUUGAGAUGGCCAACACUUGGCAUGAUACGUUCAUCCCAAAACCACGACGACGGCAAGCUGGUCUUACGUCUUAUUUUCUUGUUCUAAAACCCUUAAACGACUGAGAUCCUGCGCACCACCUUAUUGUCACAUGUGCACUGCCCCUUUUCUGCUACCCGUUCAUUCCUUGUGACCAACCGCCAUGUUUCACUCUCGUUUACGGGUACGCGUUGGACCGUCCAUGGACAAGCUCGUCUGUAUCACAGAUAAAGUGAACAGCGGAAAAGCGCACGAUAUAUCGUCAGAACUGUUCGAAGGCAAGGUGGCCAUUAACAUCAAAGGUUUCACCAAUCCCACUGGCGAAGAGCUUUCCGCGGAGUAUUUUGAUAGAGAGGACAGGAAAGGGAUAACGUGGAGUAUUCAGGUUCAGGGCCGGUUCCUUCAAGCGAAUUCAGCGGAUGAUAUUAUGUUUGGAAACACGUUCGACAAACGUUUGAAGCUGCCUUGGGGUGCUGGUGUGGCCCUCAAAUUCAUGAAAUACGUUGAUGCUAGCUUGGAACAUGAUUUGAUGUCAGAGACAAAGCCAUGGGCCCUUUCACCACUGAUCGCAACGAUGCCCUAUUUUGUGCACGAAAGAUUAGAUGACGUUCGAGCUUCACCCUUACUGGAGUGUAAACGGUCGGAGUUCACUGAUACCUCGCAGUUGCAGUUUGCCAUUGCAUCCUCGAAUUCGUCUAGCUCUACGUUUCUGACCUCGUCUUCAUCUAACUCUCCGUUUCUGACCCCAUAUUCGUCGUUAUCGUCGAUUUCACCAUCUGCUACCUCGUCUUCAUCUAAUCUCUCGAGAAUGCCUGGCUCGUUGGGUGCCUCAGUGAAAAAAUCACUUAAGUUGCCCCUUGAAAAAUCGCACUUGAAGAUGAAGAAGCAGAAAUCUAGCGGUCGUAGGUCAUACUUCAGUAGUCCUCAGCAUCGUCAGGAGAUCGUAUUUGGACCUGAAGAUCAAAUCACGACGGAUUUCUGCUAUGGGUAUCUACAAUUCAAUCCGACUCUUGCCUUAAGGCUUCCAGGUGGUAUGUCAUUCGACCUCAUGAAGUACUGGGAUAGACAUCCUGUGAGGUUCGUUUGCUGCAAACGGAGAAAGCCAGAAGACAAGGAACGCCGUGACGGGCAGCCGACUGGUGACAUAUUUUGGAUUGUCUCGAUAGAGACUACAGAUGAAAGCGAUGUACAUCAGGAAGAUUCGGAGGACAUUUAGACACGAUAUAGCCGGAGGCUUACUACUGUUUUAAUUACUUUUUGUUUAUUGGAUGAAAUAUUACGAUCGCAUGCAGUUAGGGG